AGGUUCUAUGAGACUCUUCCUUUUUUCUCCAGGGAGAAUUGUUGGAAGAAGAGAGGGUUGUCCAUAAUUCCUACCAAGUACGGAGUAAGCUUCUCUAUUCCUUUUCUAAAUCAGGCAGGAGCCCUGGUUCACGUGUAUACAGAUGGCUCUGUGCUGCUGAUCCAUGGAGGCACUGAGAUGGGCCAAGGUCUUCACACCAAGAUGGUCCAGGUGGCCAGCAGAGCACUGAAAAUCCCCACCUCUAAGAUUUACAUCAGCGAGACAAGCACGAACACCGUGCCUAACACGUCUCCCACAGCUGCCUCCGUCAGCACUGACCUCAACGGACAGGCCACCUAUGAAGCUUGUCAGACCAUUCUGAAAAGGCUGGAACCCUUCAAGAAAAAGAAUCCCAGUGGCUCCUGGGAAGACUGGGUCAUAGCUGCCUACCUGGAUGCAGUGAGCUUGUCUGCUACCGGGUUUUAUAAAAAAACGGAGAGGCAGAGUACUGUGAACUCCAGAACACCCAACAUUGGCUACAGCUUUGAGACGAACUCUGGGAAUCCCUUCCACUACUUCAGCUAUGGGGUGGCUUGCUCUGAAGUGGAAAUCGACUGCUUAACAGGGGAUCAUAAAAACCUCCGCACAGACAUUGUCAUGGAUGUCGGCACCAGUCUGAACCCUGCCAUUGAUAUUGGACAGGUAGAAGGAGCAUUUGUCCAGGGCCUUGGCCUGUUCACCCUGGAGGAGCUGCACUACUCCCCGGAAGGGAGCCUGCACACCCGUGGCCCCAGCACCUACAAGAUCCCUGCGUUUGGCAGCAUCCCCAGUGAGUUCAGGGUGUCACUGCUCCGUGACUGUCCCAACAAGAAGGCCAUCUAUGCGUCCAAGGCUGUCGGCGAACCGCCCCUCUUCCUGGCAGCCUCCAUCUUCUUCGCCAUCAAGGAUGCCAUCCGUGCAGCUCGAGCUGGGAACCCGGAUUGUAAGACAAAGAAGCUUUUCCAGCUAAACAGCCCCGCCACCCCGGAGAAGAUCCGCAACGCCUGCGUGGACCAGUUCACCAGGCUGUGUGUCACUGGCACUGCAGAAAGCUGUAAGCCCUGGUCUGUGAGGGUGUGACAACAAAGCCCCCAGCACAGUCUGCUUAUGCUGUGCAGGAGUUUCCAUGGAGCAUGAGACAUGCCUGCAGAACAUGAUCUAUACAUGUCAUGGGGUGACAGUGCUGUGAGUCAUCAGGAUGAUGUCUGGAAGCACACGGAAUGCAUUGGAAGAUUUUGUUUUGUUUUCGCUGAAGAUUUUGAUCAAAAAUAUGGUUUGCAAACAUAAUGAUAAGCAAAUUCAGAACUCUGAGGCCACGUGGCUAAUAUGCAAUGAGAGUCUUUGUAUGUCUGCUUUAAUCAUGUAUGUCAAAUAGGUGUACGUGCUCUGUCCCAGCUCACAGGCAAGGCUGUACAGCCUCAGGUGCUGACAGCGUCUGUCCUUCAAAGAAGAUGCCCCCCCCCCCAGCCUCCGGAAGCUUCCAUCCUAAACCAGAAAGUCUUCCCUUCAAACCAAUGAACAUCACAUUAUAACUGCUGACCCAUAGUCAACUUUGCAAUGGGACAGUGGGGUGAGAUUCAAAUCCCUAACCACCUUUGAUCAUUGAAGAGAAUAGACACUGAAACGAAUUCAAGGUUAAUCUAACCUUGUUAAGUGGCAGCAAGGAAAUUAUUCUAUAGCAUCCAAAGCCGACCAACCCAUUUACUGAGCACCUACAAUGUGCUAGGUUUCUUUCUCUUCCCCUUUGUACAGUAAAAGAAAUCAGGUUUAAAAUGUUUCACUCGAGGGGCUCCUGGGUGGCUCAGUUGGUUAAACAUCUGAUUCUUGACUUCGGCUCAGGUCAUGAUGUCACGGUUCGUGAGAUCGAGCCCCGCGCCGGGCUCUGUGCUGACAGUGCACAGAGCCUGAUUGGGAUCUUCUCUCUCUCUCUCUCCCUCUGUCUCUGCCUCUCCCAUGUGCGUGUUCUCUCUGUCUCUCAAAACCAAUAAAGUUUAUAAAAAAUUAAAAAUCUUCA